UCAGGCCUACCACUGUUUUCAAUGGCUGUCAUUUUUAUUAUAAGGCGAAAUCCUUCCAGAUUGCAGUUCCUAGGGCUUCCACUAGAUGUCAACAGUCUUGUUUUUGAUUUUCCUAAUCUGCUAUGUUCAUUCUCCUAGCCUGCUGUGUUAGUUUCCUAAGUAACCUGCUACGUAAAGUCACUUCUGUCUGUAGCUGGGUUAGGCUUGAGAUUUUUGAAUGUGUAUGAAUGCAGAAAAACACCACUCGCAAACCAGAUAGCAAAACCCUCAAGGAGAUUUGUUUGCUAGCUAGCUUUCAAAGUUGUAUGUAAAUUAAAACAUGUUUGUGACGCUGUAUGGUAUUUUAUGAUAACAUUUUUUUAUCUAUCGCUCCUAAAAACGCUUUUGAUACUGUUUAAAAAUCUCUUGUAGUUACUUCAGUCUCCAGAUAGAUAUUAUUGGUCUAUUCUGGGGUCGAGAGUACUAUCAUCACACUGGCCAGUCAGAGUCCACCUGCAGUGCGUGUGUGUGUAUGUGUGUGUGUACCAGCCAAGUCUCAGGAAUAUAGAGGAUUGUAUGUCAUAUCAUAUUACUGAGUUUGUUGUUGUUUGUUGUUGUUGUUGUUUGGUGACAAGUGUCUUGUCCAGUUUUCCCCCCCAAUGCCGGGGUGUGUGUGUAUGCGCGCCACACGUGGGUGUGUCAUCAAACAGACAGAGGUUGUUAUUGGAACUCAUUGCCACACUGUGAACCAGUGUUUGUGUUACUUCAUUAUAGGGCUCCAAGCCACAGAUAAGGUUUACAGAUAGAGAGGAGGGUGGGACAAGGCUGGGUUACUUUUACUUAAAGGGUAUGUGAUUGUCACUGCCCUUUCACUCACUUGCUCACACUUAGGGACUGAACGAGGCUCGUACACGGGCUGCUCGUUUUCUCUACACUCUCUGCACACAGAAGCAAUAGGGUAAUGAUGACCCAGAGCCUCCAGAAUGGCUUCAGUCUGGAGAACCGCUACCUCCAGGAUCUGAAGGGGCCUCUGUCUGUCCCUCCGCCUGCUCAGGGUGCACAGAUCCUGGGUGUACGCCGGGGGUCAGGCCCUGUGGAGCCCCAUAAGGACCAAGAGAUUCAGAGGCAUCGGUCUGGCACUGUAACCGGUCAGGGUGCUUCUCUUCUGGGCUCAGGUCUUGGGCAGAUCCCUGCUCCUAUAGAUGUCCAGAUGUGCCAGUCUAUCCAGCCACGCCAUGCAGAUCACCAAGGAGACCUGAGUACUGGGCAGCUACUCAAAUGGAUGGACACCAUCGCAUGCCUCACGUGUGUGUGUGUUUGUCCCUUAGCUGAACGUCAUGCUGGGACGGCGUGUGACACUCUCCAUGGACGACAUCCAGUUUGAGGAGACUGACAGGGUUGGUCAGGUGAUCACCAUCACGGUAAUAGAACAUUCACCACAAGCAUGGAGCCAGCGGGACCAGAAAAGGUGGUGUUGCGGCCGGUGGAAAACCUGGGUUCUGCAGAGGAGCAGCUGCUUCAUUCUCUGGCCUCAGAGAGACGAAGACUCUACAACGAACAGACGUUCAGUACCCUGCUACAAGACUACCGCCCACUAGCCAACGGUGGGUGUAGCAGGAGAGACCCACAGUCUGCCGUGUCCACAGCGUUCACGCAUGUGGAGAGCGUCGAGCUGGUCCUGCCUCCACACGCUAAUCACCACGGCAACACCUCCGGACGACAAAUCUUGGCUUGGAUGGAGAACGCAGCCACAGUGGCAGCCAGUCAUUUGUGUGGCCGCUUCCCUUCUGAGGUCUGUAGACAUGUUCCGCUUCAGAGGGCCCUCCUCUGUAGGCAACAGACUGGUCUUUAAGGCUGUGGUCAACAACACAUUUAACAACAGGUAACAUGUCUCGUCAUAUGAAUUCCCGUUCAGAUAAUGGGAUCCUGUGGAAAUGUAAUUGGCACAGUAUUUAAAAUGUGUGUGUGCCCGUGUGUGUAGUAUUGAGGUAGGUGUCCUGAGUGGAGGCCUGUAAC